UGUAAACCAGGGGAGGGCUGAAGAAGGCGAAUUCUUCUGCAGGCUGAGUACAAAAUACUUUAGGCGUGGUUUUUAAUUCCUCCCUCAUGCACUCUGAGGGUCUCAGAAAAGACAGGAAAAAGCAGCCGUAAGUGAGUAGACCGCCUAAAGCUCAGGCAAACCAGGUUUCAGGUGACUGGAGGGACAUUCAAACAUGGCAACUAUCAGCAGCAACAAUGGGGAGAACCAGAAGGAGAGUCAGCUCAACACAGACAUAAAGGAGGAACAGAGGGAGCCUUCCCCGGAGACGCUGCUCCCACAGGAUGUGUUAUGUGACUCCUGCAUAGACGGCCCCAGCAAGGCCCUGAAAUCCUGCCUGACCUGCCUGGUUUCUUACUGCGAGGCCCACCUCAGACCCCACCUGGAGAGCGCCAAGUUUCAAAACCACCGUCUGGUGGAUCCCCGCCACGACGUCGACUGUCGAACCUGCGACGUUCACCGGCUCCCUCUUGAGCGCUUCUGCCUGACGGACGACUGCUGUGUGUGUCUGGACUGCGAGAACCAGGAGCACGGAGGGCACACGACUGCAUCUGUGGGGGAGGCGCGCACGCAGAUGGAGGCUGAGCUGCAGAAGAAGGAAGAGGAGAUCAGUCAGAGUGCAUCAGCAGCUGAGAAAGCAAUCGCAAAGCUGCAGAGCAACAAUGAUUUAAUUAAGUCCUCAGUGCAGGAGGUUUGUGUUAUUGUUGAGCAGCAGUUCGCUAGGCUGCAGACAGCCGCCGAGGAGGCCAGAAAAGGGGCGGUGGAGGUGCUGGAAGGGGAGCAGAGACAGGCCCUCAGACAGGCGGAGGGCAUCCAGGCACAUCUGGUGCAGAGGAGAACGGAGCUGAUGAAAACUUUGGCUCAAAUGAACAAACUUUCCAAGAGCAAGUCUGAUGUUGACUUCCUGCAGGAGUUCUCAGAGUGGAAGAAAGGAGCGGCGGAUGUGCGUCUGCCUACUGCGAACAUCAACCGCAUGGACCAUCUAACCUCGUACGUCCAAGUAGUGACGGAUGCAACGCAGGAGCUGUGUGACCUGAUCCUCGGCUCCUACAGGGAAAAGCUGAACCUGGCUUGGAAAAGCAGUACUAAAUCACCAAUGCCAGAACCUCAGCCUUCAUCUCAGCCUGAUCCUGGGACCCGGGAGGACUUUUUGAAAUACACAAAGAGUUUGACCUUUGACCCGGACACCAUCCAUCAUUUCCUUCGUGUGAUGGACAACAACAGAAAGCUGACCAACACCAGCCCCUGGCAGCACAGCUACCCGGACCACCCUGAUCGCUUCGAGUACUGGCGUCAAGCAAUGACCGUGGAGAGCCUUUACCAGGGGAGGCACUACAUCGAAGCAGAGCUGAGCGGGGAGGGGGCACAUGUAGGAGUCACGUACAAGAGCAUCGAUCGUAAAGGAGAGCAGAGCACCAGCUGCAUCACGGGGAACGACUUCUCCUGGUGCGUGGGAAGGAACAGCCGAGGUUUCUUCGCCUGGCAUGCUGCUGUGGAGGUGCCCCUGGAGGUCACUGACAUCCACAGAGUCGGCUUAUAUGUUGACUUUGAACAAGGCUCUGUGUCUUUUUAUGAUGUAACUGGCGCUAUGAGGCUGCUCCACAAGUACACCACUGGUUUCAUAGAGCCGUUAUAUGUUACAGCCUGGCUGUCAAAGAAAGACAAUGCAAUCUCUCUGGCUGAUGCAAAAUGAUGCAUCU